AUGUCGUCGCGCAGAAUAGGUCUGGCCAUCGCCAGCUUCACCUCACGGCAACCUCCCCCAUCACCCCUAGCAGCAUGCAUCUAUUGCCAAUGGCGGCGCAACUUCACCGUCUCUGCUCUCCGAGCGCGAUCAGAACCUCCUGCCUCCGGAACAUCAAUGGACCCUAAGAGCAAUGUUGCUGGCGCUCCCAUCGAGGCACCCCGGAGUUAUGGCAAGCGAGUAGACGAGGGCUUCACACCCAAACCCCUCCCCCGGCCGAUUGGUAUGCCGCUACCCCCAAGGGCCGGCGAGAAUACGGGCAUCGACAACCGAAGCCUGAAGCAGCGAAAGGAGGAUUUUGGGGACUACGAAAAACACAUCGCAAGAAGAAAGGAACUAACUGCCAAAAUGUCCCGCCCAUACUUCCGCGACUGGGGCAAUCUCCAAUUCCACCAAGGCAAAUCCUUCAUUGCACCACCCCGACUCUUCAAAGCAGAACUAUCUCUCUUCUUUCCAAACUUAUACGGCGAGACGCUGGUCAAAACCGACACGGCGCCCCGCGACACCACUCCCUUGCUCACGGGGAAAGCCACCGUCGUUUCCAUAUAUAGCAGUCAAUGGGCUGAGCAGCAAGCCGCCACAUUUGCGUCCAGGGAGUCGAACCCAGCUUUACACGAGGUCCUCGACAAGAAUGGGGAUCUUGCGCAAAUGGUCAACAUCAACUACGAGGACAACAAGGGCAAGGCGUGGCUGGUGAAGCUGUUCCGUGGAUCGUUGAGAAAGCGAUUCGUGGAGAAGGACUGGGACAAGUAUUUCCUUGUUCAGCGGGGCAUCACGGAUGAUAUCAGAGAGUCCAUCGGCUUGCUGAACAGCAAAGUCGGCUACACGUAUCUCGUCGACCACCACUGCCGCAUUCGCUGGGCAGGCAGUGGACCUAGCCAUCCUGAGGAGAAUGCAAGCUUGGCAAAGGGUCUUGCUCGGCUAGUCGAGGAGAUUAAGCGGGAUGCUGGUCGGCCCGCCACGGCGAGGGAACAGCUCCCCGGUAAACCUCACCUUGAAAAGCAGAGCGCAUAG